UGACUAGUAAUUAUGCCACUGCCGGUUUAGAACCGUUUUGUCUGCUUUUAACUUCGUGAACGGUUUCGCCGUUUAGAAAAAUGACAAGAGACUUUAUAUUUUCAGUGCUUAUACUGGCGACUGGCGUGUCCGCUUAUGUUGAGGAGCUGGAUGGGAGGUUUAAUGAGUACCGAGAAAAUGAACCGUGGCUAGUACAAUUUUACGCUCCGUGGUGUGAAUACUGUAAGACGCUUGACGCGAUGUGGUAUGACGUGGGUGCCGAGUUGAAAAGUUCGGGCUCCCCCGUUAACGUGGGCAAAAUGGACACCUCAGUCCACGCGAGUGCUGUCACAGAGUUUAAUAUCCAUGGAUAUCCGUCAAUAAUGCUCAUCAAAGGAGAGAAGAUUCUCGAGUACAGAGGUCCUAGAACAAAGGACGGCAUCGUGGACUUCACCAACAGGGUGGCAGGCCCCGCAGUGAGGGCUUUGACAAGCACGAAGCUCUUCCGUCGUGCUGCAGGCAGACACAGCCUUUUCUUCGUGUACAUUGGAGGGAAGUCGCCCCUAAAGGUCCGGUUUCACAAAGCGGCAGCUGAGUUUGUCACCUACACUUAUUUUUUCUCUGCCUCUGAAGAGGUUUUGCCACAGGAGAUGAGACUGCAAAAAAUUCCAUCCGUGGCAGUAUUCAAAGAUGGAACAUACCAUCUCUACAAUGAGGAAGGCGAUGGCAAUCUCUCUGCCUGGGUCGACCGAGAACGUUUUCCUUCUUACUUGCAGAUGGACAGCUUCACUCUCUACCAGAUGGGAGAAAGAAGUAAACUGGUAGCUUUAGCUAUAGUGGAUGCGAGGAAUCCAACUACCCAAAGCAUUCGUUAUAAAGCAUUCAUGGAAAGCGUGGCAACUGAAUAUAGAGACCAUUACAACAUGAACUUUCAGUUUGGCUACAUGAAUGGAAAUGACUAUAUAAAUGGCUUCAUAAUGGGAGAGUUACCAAUGCCUUCCUUCAUCGUGAUGAACAUGUCCAUUGACGGAUACUAUCUGCCACGCCGCAAGGUGGAGAAGAUUGAAGACUUGCUUCAGUUCCUGAAGAGCAUCCUCAGUGGAAGAUCUGAGUUACUCGGAGGCAACGGAUUUCUGCGCCAGAUGAAAAGGCUUUACUAUCGUGCGAGGGAGGCCAUAAAGGUGAGUUACACCGCCAACGGCUCCCUCACCUGUUUGUUCAUCACCCUGCCGGUUGCUGUGAUCUGCAUGAUCGUGUGGGGAACGUGCACUGCCGUGAAGCUGGGUGACGAGAAGGCAGCUGACGGGAGAAGAAAAGGCACCUCUAAAGCCAAGAAAGAGGAUUAAUGUGACCGUUUGGCUCAUUAACGACAACACUGCAGUGCUGUAAUAAUGCUAAAGUCUUCCCCGGUUGAAGAAAUGUUAUUUAUGUAAACACUCUCAUGCAUGCUUUUCAGCCCUAUUGGUUUACCAUUGGCAUCAUGUUUUGGAAUAUUCAGUAAUGAAGGGACAGAGGCAAGUGUUAAUCUGUCAGAAACAUGUGGAAUACCAGAGCUUUCAGCAAAGAAGGAAUUCCCAUAAAAGUUGAACAUGCCAUGACUCAUCAUCACAAUCUUCUCCUGUUUUUAAAUACCCGGAGUAGCUCAGCACUGCUGUAUUUGGCUUCCCAAAUUCUCAUUUAAUGUUCAGUAUCCUCAGCAAAUGUGAUGAGAAGUGCCAGCAGUCAUUUAUGAAUCAGCCGAGUAGUGUUCUCAGCAUGUAUCCUACUACACCUUCAUACUGCACCACCUUGAUCAAAUGUCACUAAGAGAUGCCUGA